AUGCGGUUUCAGAAGCGGCUGUGUGCUUUUCUGUUCCUGUCAGAAGAUCCUUCUCUGCUUCUUUCUCUUGGAAAUCCAUACGCUCAACUUCUUCUUGAGGCUAUGAAGCAAUCUGGUUGCACUGUCUUCAAUGACCGGCACUUCGCUUGUGAAAACUGUGAUGGCUGUGUCAGCGGAGGUUUUGAUUCUGCCACAUCUCAGAUUGUUCUGUGUCAGAACAACAUUCGCCACCAAUCUCAUAUGAACCGGGUGGUCACACAUGAAUUGAUUCAUGCUUUUGAUCACUGCCGUGCACAUGUUGAGUGGUUUAAAAAUGUCAAACACUUAGCAUGUUCAGAGAUUCGAGCUGCUAAUCUCAGUGGAGACUGUACACUGAUGAAUGAAAUAGCCAGGUUUAAAUUUGGAUUAAAAGGACACCAUCAGACUUGUGUACGAGACAGAGCCAUUCGUUCCAUUCUGGCUGUUAGAAAAGUUAGCAAAGAAACAGCAGAAAAAGCUGUGGAUGAAGUUUUUGAUGCCUGCUUCAAUGAUCUGGAACCUUUUGGAAGAAUCCCGCACAGUAAAACAGAUGCAAAACGUGCUUACAGAGACUUUCAGAACAGAGGUCGCUAUAAUGCUAAUUUGUAAAGGAAAAAAUGUGAAAAAUUAUGUUAAUAUCUGGUUGUUCUGUAACAUGUAGAGUUACAGUCUACACAGAGAGUACUGGUGGAAAGGGCAAUUCUAUCAAAUGUAAAUAAAUUAAUUUUGUAAAUUUUUUCUCCAUGAAAGUAAACAAAGUAAAUGAACAGGACUAAAAUCUGUGUUUCCUCACCUGUUACUCCAGCAAGAUAAUUCAGUACAUCAGAUGACUUGUCAGAUAAUGGUCUGCACAUUU